AGUAGACAACAUAGGAGAUAUAGAAGUAAAAUAUUCAACAGACAGACCAAUAGCAAUGACAAAACAUUUAAAAAACACACUCAAAAUAUUCCUUAAAGAAUGUGAAAGCAACAUCUGGUUUAGCUGCCUAACUAGCUUCAAGCUUCUUGGCCACGUUUUAAAACUCCUCAUCAUCAAAUGGCUUCAGUAGAUACACGUGGCGUGGAUUCAGAUGGCAAUGGUUCCUUGACUCCAUCAGAGCAGAGUGAGAAUGAAGAACGCAGUGAGCAUGACUCUGAUUAUGAAAGUGAUGAAGUGCAUGACCAUCUGGAGCCAAAGAGAAAAACUCUCAAUGUCCAGUGGACUGGCUAUGGUAAAAGAGUUCCUAUCAUCUUGUUCAAUGCUGAGACAAUAUUAAACAAAAGGACAGAUUUUAAAACUGUUGGAGAACGGUAUCACUUGGCCUUCAAAUUUGCCUCAACUGACUGCAAGAUUGUACGAAACAUUUUACUAUCGCAUGGUUUUCACGAGGUCCACCCCAACAGCGUUGAUUAUAACUUAGUCUGGAGUAAUUCGCAUCUCAAGCCUUUUACACUGCGAACAAUGUCAGAGUUUCAGAAAAUCAACCAUUUCCCCAGAUCCUAUGAGCUUACAAGAAAGGAUAGAUUAUUUAAAAACAUCCAGAGAAUGCAGCAAAUUAAGGGUUUUAAACAUUUUGAUUUCAUUCCACCAAGCUAUGUUCUUCCUGGUGAUUACCAAGACUUCUGCUCAAGCUUUCUCAAAGAUAAAGGACCAUAUAUAGUGAAGCCUGUUGCAUCAUCAAGAGGAAGAGGUGUCUUUCUAAUCAAUCAUCCGGAUCAGGUGCCGCUAGAUGAAAAUGUUAUAGUCAGUAAAUACAUCUCUUCUCCACUAGUUAUAGAUGGAUUCAAAUUUGACGUUAGACUUUAUGUUACCGUGACAUCAUACGACCCAUUAGUCAUUUACUUGUAUGAAGAAGGCCUGACCAGAUUCGCCACUGUGAAGUAUGAGAAGAAUGUGAAACAUCUACGCAAUCAAUGCAUGCACUUAACCAACUACAGCGUCAAUAAGAGGAGCCAGGACUAUGUGAAAAACGAUGACCCAGAAGUUGAAGACUAUGGCAAUAAGUGGUCUAUGGGUGCAAUGCUACGAUAUUUGCGGUCAGAGGGCAAAGACACAGCAGCUCUCAUGAUGCGAAUUGAGGAUGUGGUUAUAAAAACCAUACUCUCCGUGGAAUCAUCUGUUGCCACUGCCUGCAAGAUGUUCCAGUCCUUUAGAGGAAAUUGUUUUGAAUUGUAUGGUUUUGACAUCCUUCUUGAUGAGAAUUUGAAGCCUUGGGUCUUGGAAGUAAAUCUUUCACCAUCUCUGGCAUGUGACAGCCCUCUGGAUCUGAAGAUAAAAACAAACAUGUUGUGUGAUCUUUUUAGCCUGGCAGGUAUCAUCUGUCAUGAUCCAAUGAUGCGUACGCGACAACAACAAAACAAGCAAACUGCAGAGUUAUCAGCCAAGUUAAAAAGUAGACUCAAGGGAGACAUUGAUGAGGCUUUAGCAGAAAUGUUAAACCAAAUAGAGGCUGCAAGACAGAACAUGAAAGAAGCUGAUGCUUGGCUUUUAAAAAGGUCAUUUCGGCCAUCAUCAGCGGCCAGUUCAGCCUCCAAAGAUCGUAUGAGUCACUCCAUGAUGACUGGACUCAGUAGCGAUGAGAUCAAAAUUGUCAGGAGAGUGAAAGAAGAGGAGGAAAGGAAAGGUGGAUGGAUCAGGAUCUUUCCAACAGCUGACAGUUGGGAAACAUAUGGUUCUUUUUUACAAUUUCCUACCACUCACAACCUAAUGUUACAUCAGCGUCUCUAUGGAGAAAGGCAUGGCACUGGUAGCAGACUAUCUUGUAUCUUAUCUCCCUUAAAGUCCAAAAGUGGAGUACAGAUGCAAUUGAAUGGAAAAGCAGAAAAUGAGAGAUUUCUGGAGUCCUACACCCAAGCUUUACUGAGAGCCAAACAAUAUGAGAGCAGGUUGGGACAGAUGAAAUCUAAAACAAAGAAAGUGAAGAAGAAAGUCCAGAAAUCAAAGCCCAAAAGAGUUAAACUAACCCAAGGUGUUCAGGAAAAUGAGGAGCAUGUGGAGCAAGAGGACGAAGGAGGAAAUUACAAAGAAAGAGACCAGAAGUCUGACAUCAAAAGUGAAUCUAAAGGUGAUAAACAUGAAGUCAAGGAAAACUUCAUUAAAAAUUCUUCUUAUGACAAAGAGGAUGAGAAAGCAGGGGAUAAUUCAGACAAAGAUAGAGGAGACAAGGCUACAUCUGAGCAUAUAUCCCCCCAAGUAUCUAUGAGCCCAAUACCUAAGUAUGAUGUUGUUGGACUUUUGGAGAAAGGUCUUCCUUUAAGUAAAGUUCAGGCCAGAACAGCAUUUGCAAUGUACUUAAUAAGAGUUCAACAGAGGUUGUUGUCAGACUGUGGAAGUGUUUUGAAACAGGAGGAUGUUGAGGCCCUCAAUGAACAAAUGGAUCUUGUGUUACGGUUCUUGAAGAGAGCUGCUGCAAAUAUACCACAGACAUUCCGCGUGGUGGUGCCAAGUAGAAAGUUACCUUUAAGUGACAGGCGCAGAAUCCUUGCCAAGCAGUUAGGUGAUUUUGUGCAUAUUUAUAACAAGGAAACUGACCAUUUAAAGGCAGUGAAGGUGAGAAAUAGAAUAGAAAAUAAAAAGGCAAGAAGAGUAGAUAGUUCAGAGGGUUUGGAUGAAAUCAAGUUUGACCAGUUUGUUUACACAGCAACAGAGGGAGAGCUGGAAGAACUUUUAACAACAUAUACAAAGAUAAAUAAGUCAGCUGCCAUAUUUCUUGGUGGGGAGUCAAAGUCAAGUAUGAGUUCAUCUGAGGCUAAAAAGGAUAUACUGUCACGUCGUAGAGAGAAUCCAGAUUUAGCAGAUGGCUUGUCACCUGUUGGUUUGACGGGUCAGGCUAUAAGCGAUGAUAUAUCAAGAGGCCGGCAUGGUAAUUUUAAUGCUACAAACCUAAAUAUCAAUAGCAACAACAUACUAUUUCACAUAUGUAGUCAAGCCUCGGCCACAGAUACUUAUGCUGGGAAAGUAAUGAGAACGCCUCCUCGACCUUACUCUGCACAAAAUCAAAACUCUCACUUGUCUACCGUUUCAAUUUACUCUCAGAAACUUGGACGGCCCUACUCUGCUGCUCGUGUGGGCAGUGCACACAGAUCAGGGAAUGCUGGAGGUUAUCAAAACAAUCCAGCAACUAAUGGUCCCCCUCCAAGUUCCUCGCAGUCCAGUAAUACCAUGCUCAGCACAUCAAAUCCAGUUGUUGACACAUACAAUGAAAAGGCUAUACAAGAAGCCCUGCAGAGACUGGCCUUAAGGCAGCAGGCACGCCAGUAUGCUGCACCAAAUGGGUCAACUGUAUUUAAGCCAGAGAAUGAGCCGUAUAAGCUUUACUAUGCUAGUGGUCUAGAAGGGCAGAUGAAUCAAGUCAAGUCCUUGUCUGGCCAGACUCUUAAGCAGUACACAAGCUCUUCAAAUCAACUUUAUUCUCAGGGAUCAAGUGUUCAACAUAUACCACAUGAAGAGAAUAGUCUCAAGUCCAUUUCACAAACAUCUAUAGGCAGCUUUGAAUCAAGACCUUCGUCAUUCUCUGCCAAAUCACGGCCAACAGUGCUCUCCAGCACUCAUGCACGUGGGGCAAAUGCCACUUUCAAUAGCUUCAUUGAUGAUCCAGAUAGCCAGAGCAAUAGUGAUUUCAUUGCACCCUCCAGGCCAGGGACAGCCAAGUCACGCCAGGCCCAGCAGCAGGUUAUGAAGCAGGAGUUGCUAGAGCAGAGCAAAGCCAUGUUGGAAGAGUCUAAAAGAAAUUAUGAUGCCUUAGUAACUCAAGUUCUGUUGCAGCAGCAGUCGUCUGCCUCCAGCAUGAGCAGAAGUGAUAGUAAAGGUUCAUUGUCCAGUUUAGGCUCCUCGACCAAAACAUACCUUCCACAGCCUCCAUCAGAACAGUCUAGAAGUUUUCGAACACAAAGCCAUCACAGAGUAAACAGGAAACCUGAUGAAACUGACAGUAACUUGCACUUGAAUUUCUAUAACAGUUUAGUAGCCAUGGAAUCUGGAACACAGAGUUAGCAUCAUAUGUCAAAUAUCAUUGUUUUCAUUGUUCUAAAUGAGCUUCAAGUGUGAAAGAUGUUUACAAGUUUAAGACUAGACUAUCUGACACAGAGCUCUAAACAUCGCAUGCAUACACAAAUAUGAUGGAGUGCAGACUUCUAGGAAAGGUCAUCAAGGAACAGAUGUUGUGUAUUUGAAAAUGGGCUGUAACUCUGCCUCUGAAAAGUUUAAAGUAUAAAAAUCUGCCAAUACUUUUUGCUGUUUUUUUAUUUUCAAAUUAAAAAUUGAUAAGAUUCUACUCUUUUGAUUAAUAUCUUAUAAUUUCUAUUGGUUCAUGUUAAAUAGUACGAGCUUUAAAUUUGGUCCUUGGAAACAGCAACUAAACGUGGCCAUUGGAUUCCCCAAAAAAAAUCUUUUGUCUGUUAAUUUUACUAAAACAUUUUUUGAUUCCUUAAAUCAGUUUUUCAAACAUAUUUUUUUGAGAUCAAUUUAUUAUAAAUUUUUAAUUGAAAGCUUCUUACAACAAAUAUACAGAAUAUAAAACUUGUUGCAUGCAUUCCCUUGACUCUAAGCAAUACCAAUAUUUAAUAUUUUUAAAAUCAAAAUGUGUUAAUAAAAUUUAAAAGGCAGAUGAAGCAUAUUAUGUAUUAUCCAUGACUAUAAAUUAUUACCUCAGUAUUAAUUCUCAAAAUGUUUUUAUAAAUUUAUAUACAUUUUUCCCUUUUAAGUUUUUACAUUUUUGUAACAUUGGUUUUCCCUAUUUUUAGUAGCAUUAAUUUUAUAAAUGUUAUUUAAGUAUCAAAAUAUCUUGUACAUUCCGCCCUGUGUUGUUUUAUGACCUAAAGUUACUCAGACUUUGGUCCCUGCUCUAAUACAAUCAGUUUUUGGUUUUGUUUUAUCCACUGAAACUCAUCUUUUAUCUGCUCAUAAUUCAAAGUUUUAAACAUUAUUAACUUUUAACUGUUAGAUAAAAAAACAUUUCUUAAAGAUACAGUGCUCUUUAUAUUUGUGUCAUAUUAUUCUCUGGCCAAUCUUGUAAAUUAUCGGCUUCAGAAAUGGUUGAAUGCAACCUAACUUGAGUAUAUGACCUUUAGAACUUAGAACUAUUUUUUCUACUGGGCAUCUGUAUUUAUUCUUUUUAUAUAAUUGUAGAUACUUGUAAGCAGUAAUUUAUUCAUACUUUUGUUUUUCUUCCGUCCAGUUAAUAACACUGUGAUAUGCCCAUUAGAUAUCUGACAUGUAAAUAUUGAAGCAAAACAUUCUCUAUGGUUCUAACUUAAAUUGUUGAAAUAUAUUUAUUGCUGAACAAGUACCUAACUAGUGUUAAGAUGUAUUUAUUGCUGAACAAGUACCUAACUAGUGUUAAGAUGUAUUUAUUGCUGAACAAGUACCUAACUAGUGUUAAGAUGUAUUUAUUGCUGAACAAGUACCUAACUAGUGUUAAGAUGUAUUUAUUGCUGAACAAGUACCUAACUAGUGUUAAGAUGUAUUUAUUGCAGUACAACAUUCACUUACUGUUCAGUUUACUUUCUGUACCUGUCCACAUUCAAAUGCUAAUCAAAAAGUUUAAUGUAUUUUUUCAAUUUUCUUUCAGGAAGAAUUACUAUUGGGCUUUAGCUUCAACUCUGAGCAAAACAUUUUGCUUUAUUUUUAUUUUGGUUUAUUACAGGUUAAGAAAUUUGUAUUCCUGAAAUAAAUUUCUAACUUGAA